CAGCAGUGGCGGCAGUGACAGUGGUGGCACUGGCAGUGGCAGCAGCAGUGGCGGCAGUGGCAGCAACAGGGGCGGCAGUGACGGCAGUGGCGGUGGCAGCAAUAGGGGCGGCAGUGACGGCAAUGGCGGUGGCAGUGGCGGCAGUGGAAGUGGCAGCAGCAGUGGCGGCAGUGGCGGCAGUGGCAGUGGCAGCAGCGGUGGCGGCAGCAGCAGCAGCAGCAGCAGCGGCGGCGGCAGCGGCGGCGACGGCAGCGGCGGCGACGGCUACGGCGCUGACUACAAUGAUCUUGACAGAGACAGAGAUGAGGAGGUCUGGUGUGUGCAAGACGGACGAAUAUACGAGCACGGGGAGGAUUGGGAGGUUGACAGCUGCACCUCCUGUAAUUGCCAGGAUGGAAAGGUGGUGUGUCAGCAGGUGUCUUGCCCCCCUGUGUCCUGCCUCAAUCCAUCCUUCAUUGAUGGAAAGUGCUGCCCUGUCUGUCUCAAUAACGGAGACGGCUGGUCCCCAUGGUCUGAGUGGACCCACUGUUCCGUCACCUGUGGACGAGGAGGGCAGCAAAGGGGCCGAUCAUGCAACGGCAUCAUGCCGGCCUGUGCUGGCCCGUCACUUCAAACCCGCAGCUGCAUGUUGAUGAAGUGUGAGCGCAAGGCGCGUGCAGAUGGGAACUGGGGCCUGUGGUCUCCUUGGUCUGCGUGUACAACCACAUGUGGAGAGGGACACAUCACACGAGUACGUCUGUGCAACAACCCUCCACCACAUAAGGGUGGCAAGGGGUGCUCGGGCAGCGCCAGGGAAACACAAGCUUGCAACAACACACUCUGCCCCAUUGCUGGAGGCUGGACGUCCUGGAAUGAAUGGUCGCUGUGCUCAGAGUCUUGUGGAGGAGGCCUUUCAAGUCGCCAGAGAGAGUGCAUAAACCCUGUCCCCCAGAAUGGUGGGAAGCGUUGUGCUGGAGACGCCGUAGACUAUGAAGCUUGUAACAAACAACCAUGUCCCAUAGACACGUGUUUGCUGUCAAAUCCAUGUUUUCCUGGGGUGCAGUGCACAUCAUAUAGCGAUGGAUCAUGGGAAUGUGGACGCUGUCCGUUGGGUUUACAUGGCAAUGGCACUCACUGCGACGACGAGAAUGAGUGUGAAGUGGAGGGUGUGUGUUUUACAGAGUGUGUAAACACAGACCCUGGGUACUACUGUCUGCCCUGUCCUCAUCGCUACAAAGGCACACAGCCAUAUGGCCUUGGACUGCAGGCAGCCCAGGAAACCAAGCAGGUGUGCGAACCAUACAAUCCUUGCAAAGACAACACACACACCUGCCACAAGUAUGCUGAAUGUAUAUACCUGGGCCUAGCAUCUGAGGUCUUGUUCAAGUGUGUGUGUGCUGUUGGGUUUGCGGGUGAUGGCUUUUUGUGUGGUGACGACUCAGAUCUAGACGGCUGGCCCAACUACAAAUUGACCUGCAAGCAAAAUGCGACCUAUCACUGUCAAAAGGAUAAUUGCCCCACGAUACCAAACUCUGGACAGGAAGACCUGGACAGGGACGGACUGGGAGACGCCUGCGAUCCUGAUGACGACAAUGAUGACAUCAUAGAUGAGAGGGACAAUUGCCCUCUGGUGUACAACCCCCGGCGGUAUGACUCGGACAGAGACGGGGUCGGGGACCGAUGUGACAACUGUCCGUUUGAGAGCAACCCACUGCAGACAGACACUGAUGACAACGGAGAGGGAGACGCCUGUAGCAUUGACAUGGAUGGAGAUGAGGUUCUGAAUGAUCGUGACAACUGUCCCUUAGUCUACAACACUGACCAGAGGGACACAGAUAUGGAUGGUGUCGGAGACCAGUGUGACAACUGUCCCCUUCUACACAACCCACUGCAGCUUGACUCUGACAGUGACCUGGUCGGGGACAUGUGUGACGACAAUGACGACAUCGAUGAGGACGGCCACCAAAACUCUCUAGACAACUGUCCCUACAUCCCCAAUAGCAACCAGGCCGACCAUGAUAACGACGGGAGGGGGGACGCCUGUGACCACGACGAUGACAACGACGGUAUCCCUGACGACCGGGACAACUGCAGACUGGUGCCCAACAGGGACCAGCUGGACUCUGACGGUGAUGGCAGUGGGGAAGCAUGUUUUGAUGACUUUGACAAUGACAGUAUUCCAGAUGCACUAGAUCCCUGUCCACUGAACCAGGAUAUUGGGUCUACAGACUUCAGGAAGUUUCAGGUUGUUUUGCUGGACCCACAAGGCACAACACAGUCUGACCCCCUCUGGGUGAUCCGCAGCCAGGGUAGAGAGCUGCUGCAGACGGCCAACUCGGACCCAGGCAUCGCUUUAGGAUACGACAAGUUCAGUGCCGUAGACUUCAGUGUGACCUUUUACGUGAACACCAACCGAGAUGACGACUACGCGGGAAUUGUGUUCGCCUACCAGUCCACCCAGCGCUUCUAUGUUGUCAUGUGGAAACAGGUGUCUCAGGCUUACUGGGAGAAAAGGCCAUCCAAAGCUUUUGGCACAGCGGGAGUCUCCAUCAAACUGGUCAACUCCACCACAGGACCAGGGCAGUAUCUACGAAACGCCCUCUGGCACACCGGAAAUACCAGAAACCAGGUCAGAACUUUGUGGCAUGACCCCAAUAAAAUUGGCUGGAAGGACUUCACCGCCUACCGCAUGCACCUUAUCCACAGACCCAAAACUGGGUUUAUCAGGGUGGUGGUGUAUGAGGGCAGGGACAUUUUGUCCGACUCGGGGGCGGUGUACGACCACACCCUGGCUGGAGGCAGACUGGGACUGUUUGUCUUCUCUCAGGAACACGUCCUCUUCUCAGACCUCAGAUAUGAGUGCAGAGAUAACUGAAAUUUGCCGGCACAUUCAGGAAGCUCUACAUCAACCCACCAGGGAUGCACAUUUAUUCCGGAAGAUCUUAAUACAAUUGAGAGGGAGAGAGGAUGCACCAGAUCCAGGCAUUUGUCCAGCCAAGACUAUCAAUUACUGACCAUCAUCUAUCUAUCAGCUUUUCGUGCAACAGUAUUGAUCUCAUUUGCUGUAUGUUACUGCAGGACUCUGACAGCAUCUGACAGUAACUUCUUAUUGCUUUUCAUUUGGGCUUUCCUAUUGGUUGUAAAUAAUUAUUUAUUGCCAGCUACCAAAUAUAAAAGGAAGAGAUAUUAGGAUGAACAGACGAUGGAGUCAGUGGAGAAGAUUUCUGGUGGUAACUUAUCAAUAAAAGACUUUUUUUCCCCA